AUGUCUGGCAAUGGCAAUGGCAAUGGCAAUAACAACAACUCAGGCAACAACAACAAUGGUUAUCAGGCAAGAAACAACACUCCCGACCGCUUGUCUGUGAUGAGCAAGGGAGAAGCUGAGAGGUCCUCGAAUGUAGUUACUGGUACUUUUUCUAUGCAAUAUGUCUCUAUCAACACUCUAUUUGACUCUGGAGCAGCUUAUUCUUUCAUUUCUACUUCUGUUGUGCGGAAGUUAAACUUAACUGAAUCGAGUCAUGUUGAUGUGUCAGUCAGUCUGCCUACGGGAAAACUUGUUCAUUGUAAUAAAAUAUUCAAAGGCUUGCCUUUGAAAAUAGGAGAAGCUAUCUUUCCAUCAGACCUUAUUGAGUUUAACCUAGGGGACUUAGAUGUAAUUCUGGGGAUGGAUUGGCUGAGUUUAUACAAGGCUAAUAUAGACUAG